GGAAGGAGCCGUGGGGCAUGCCCAGGCUCCAUGAACAUCCCUCCUAGGCGGGCUUCCUCGUGGGCAUGACCCAGCGCCAGAGCAUCGCUGCUCCGCGGCGGUCCCUGCGGCUGUGCGACAUGACCCAGCUGCUGCGUGCCGCAGCCGGGCGAGGGAAGUGGAGCAGAUCCAGCGCGGCCAAGAGGGCUGCGUGCCUGGUGGCUGCGGCAUAUGGGCUGAAAAUCCUCUAUCCCGUCCUCCGCAAGCGCCUGCAGCAGACAGCCUGCGAAAAGGGCUUGCAAGCUGCCUGCCGGGCUGGAGGGGGCGAGGAGCCGCUGCAUUGCAGCCGGAUCCGGGGCAGAGCCUCCCCGGCAGUGAAUGCGGAAUUUUUCAGGCAGCUGCUGGAACUUCGUAAGAUCCUUUUCCCGAUGCUGGUGAGCGCCGAAUCGGGCUGGCUUUGCCUCCACUCGGUGGCUCUGGUCUCUCGGACCUUCCUCUCCAUCUACGUGGCCGGGCUGGAUGGGAAGAUCGUCAAGAGCAUCGUGGAGAAGAAGCCCAGGAGCUUUGCCAUCAAAUUAAUCAAGUGGCUCAUGAUUGCAAUCCCUGCCACUUUUGUGAACAGCGCCAUACGGUACCUGGAGUGCAAGCUGGCCCUAGCCUUCCGUACCCGCCUGGUGGAUCAUGCCUAUGAGACCUACUUUGCCAAUCAGACUUACUACAAGGUGAUCAAUAUGGAUGGGAGGCUGGCGAACCCCGACCAGUCCCUGACCGAGGACAUCAUGAUGUUCUCCCAGUCGGUGGCACACCUGUACUCCAACCUGACCAAGCCCAUCCUGGAUGUGGUGCUGACAUCCUACAGUCUUAUCCAGACUGCCAGGUCCAAGGGAGCAAGCCCCAUCGGGCCUACGCUGCUGGCAGGCCUUGUGGUGUAUGCCACGGCGAGAGUACUGAAAGCAUGCUCGCCCAAAUUUGGCAAGCUGGUCGCAGAGGAAGCUCACAGAAAGGGUUAUCUGCGAUACGUCCAUUCGCGGAUUAUAGCCAAUGUGGAAGAGAUCGCCUUCUACAGAGGACACAAGGUGGAAAUGAAACAACUGCAGAAAAGUUACAAGGCUUUGGCAGACCAAAUGAACCUCAUAUUGUCCAAACGUUUAUGGUAUAUCAUGAUAGAGCAGUUCCUGAUGAAGUAUGUCUGGAGUAGCUGUGGUUUGAUUAUGGUGGCUGUACCUAUCAUCACAGCGACAGCAUUUGCAGAUGGCGAGUUAGAAGAUGGCCAUAAACAAGCAAUGGUUAGUGAGCGAACAGAAACCUUUACUACUUCACGAAAUCUGUUGGUCUCUGGAGCAGAUGCCACUGAAAGGAUUAUGUCUUCUUACAAAGAGGUCACCGAGUUAGCAGGCUAUACAGCUAGAGUGUACAACAUGUUUUCAGUCUUCGAUGAAGUGAAGAGGGGCAUUUACAAAAGAACUGCCGUUUUUCAAGAGAUUGAAACCAACAGCAGGAAUGAAGAUAAAGCAGAACUACACAUUGAUGGACCUUUGGAAAUCAAGGGAAAAGUUAUUGAUGUUGAUCAUGGAAUUGUUUGUGAAAAUGUUCCUAUUAUUACCCCAAAUGGAGAUGUGGUGGUUUCCAGACUAAACUUCAAAGUACAGGAAGGAAUGCAUCUUUUAAUCACUGGCCCCAAUGGUUGUGGAAAGAGUUCUCUUUUCAGAAUUUUAAGUGGUCUGUGGCCUGUCUACGAUGGUGUUCUCUACAAACCGCCUCCCCAGCACAUGUUCUAUAUCCCACAAAGGCCGUACAUGUCCAUUGGAACACUACGUGAUCAAGUCAUUUAUCCAGACUCAGUGGAUGACAUGCAUGAAAGAGGAUACCAAGACCAGGAUCUGGAAUGUAUCCUGCACCUUGUUCAUCUGUAUCACAUAGUUCAAAGAGAAGGAGGCUGGGAUGCUGUGAUGGAUUGGAAAGAUGUCUUAUCAGGAGGAGAAAAGCAGAGGAUGGGCAUGGCUCGCAUGUUUUAUCAUAAACCAAAAUAUGCAUUGUUGGAUGAAUGUACAAGUGCUGUAAGCAUUGAUGUUGAAGGAAAGAUCUUCCAAGCUGCAAAAGGUUCUGGGAUAUCCUUGCUUUCUAUCACACACAGACCUUCUCUUUGGAAGUACCAUACUCACUUGUUGCAGUUUGAUGGAGAAGGAGGCUGGCGUUUUGAACAAUUGGACACUGCAAUCCGCUUAUCACUCAGUGAGGAAAAACAAAGACUAGAAUCCCAGCUUGCCGGAAUUCCUGAAAUGCAGCAGAGACUGAAUGAACUUUGCAAAAUUUUGGGAGAAGAUUCAGUGCUUAAAACAAUGGAUAAAGAGGAAUAAAUAUCUUUAUUU